GGCCGGCUCUAGUGACUCAAGAUGGCGGACGAGAGUGAGACAGCAGUGAAGCCGCCGGCACCUUCGCUGCCGCAGAUGAUGGAAGGGAACGGAAACGGCCAUGAGCACUGCAGCGAUUGCGAGAACGAGGAAGAUAACACCUACAACCGGGGUGGUUUGAAUCUAGCCAAUGACACUGGAGCCAAAAAGAAGAAAAAGAAACAAAAAAAGAAGAAAGAAAAAGGCAGCGAGACAGAUUCUGCCCAAGAUCAGCCUGUGAAGAUGAACUCCUUGCCAGCAGAGAGGAUCCAGGAAAUACAGAAGGCCAUUGAGCUGUUCUCAGUGGGUCAGGGACCUGCCAAAACCAUGGAGGAGGCUAGCAAGCGAAGCUACCAGUUCUGGGAUACGCAGCCUGUCCCCAAACUAGGCGAAGUGGUGAACACCCAUGGUCCUGUGGAACCUGACAAAGAUAACAUCCGGCAGGAGCCCUAUACUCUACCCCAGGGCUUCACCUGGGAUGCCUUGGACCUGGGAGACCGUGGUGUGCUGAAAGAACUGUACACCCUCCUGAAUGAGAACUACGUGGAAGAUGAUGACAACAUGUUCCGAUUUGAUUAUUCCCCAGAAUUUCUUUUGUGGGCUCUCCGGCCACCCGGCUGGCUGCCACAGUGGCACUGUGGGGUUCGAGUGGUCUCAAGUCGGAAACUGGUUGGGUUUAUUAGCGCCAUCCCUGCGAAAAUCCAUGUCUAUGACACAGAGAAGAAGAUGGUAGAAAUUAACUUCUUAUGUGUACACAAGAAGCUACGGUCCAAGAGGGUGGCUCCAGUCCUGAUCCGAGAGAUAACCAGGCGGGUUCACCUGGAGGGCAUUUUCCAAGCUGUUUACACUGCUGGUGUGGUACUACCAAAGCCUGUUGGCACCUGCAGGUAUUGGCAUCGGUCCCUAAACCCACGGAAGCUGAUUGAAGUGAAGUUUUCCCAUCUGAGCAGAAAUAUGACCAUGCAGCGUACCAUGAAGCUCUACCGACUGCCAGAGACUCCCAAGACAGCUGGACUACGACCAAUGGAAAAAAAGGACAUUCCAGUAGUGCACCAGCUCCUCACCAGGUACUUGAAGCAGUUUCACCUCACGCCAGUCAUGAACCAGGAGGAGGUGGAGCACUGGUUCUACCCCCAGGAGAAUAUCAUUGACACUUUCGUGGUGGAGAAUGCAAAUGGAGAGGUGACGGAUUUCCUGAGCUUUUAUACACUUCCCUCCACCAUCAUGAACCAUCCAACCCACAAGAGUCUAAAAGCUGCUUAUUCUUUCUACAACGUGCACACCCAGACCCCUCUUCUAGACCUCAUGAGUGACGCUCUUGUUCUCGCCAAAAUGAAAGGGUUUGACGUGUUUAAUGCACUGGAUCUCAUGGAGAACAAAACUUUCCUGGAGAAGCUCAAGUUCGGCAUAGGGGAUGGCAACCUGCAGUAUUACCUUUACAAUUGGAAGUGCCCCAGCAUGGGGGCAGAGAAGGUUGGGCUGGUGCUACAAUAACCAGUCACUAGUGAGAUUCUGGAUAAAGCCACUGAGAAUUCCAACCAGGAAAUGGAACCCCACAAAUUGGUCCGAUUUUCACAAAUGUGAGAAUCCCUGGCAAAGGGAACAGAGCUGAAUCGGCUUUACGAAACCGCCAGCGAACUUGACAAUUGUAUUGCAAUGGCGUGGGCUGCGUGAUGUCACCUUUGGCCGUGUCUCUGGUCUCCCUGUUUUCCAGUUAAUCACAUCUUCAUGCAGCCGUGAUCAAGGGAAUGUAACUGCUGAAAACUAGCUCGUGAUUGGCAUAUUAUGGAGUUAACGGGUGAAUAAUAAAAGUAUAUAUAUAU